GUUUUAUAAAGGGAUAUUCCUAAAGUGAUUUCUUCACAACAUCUAUAAGUGCAGCAUGGGUGGAUGUUGCUAUGUAUGGGUGAUGUUACUACUUCUCGUUGCCAUAGUUAGUGGCAAUACAGACCCCUGUAUGAACCACCGCACCAUAAACCAAGCCAGAAGAACCAGUGCCGCCUCCAGGGUUGACCCAGAUCUGGACAUCUGUGACAUAUACCUAGAGAAGGAUUGGUACAGGUUCACCAGCUACACGGGAGGAGAAAUCCCCACUAGCUGUGUCGAUGUGGAUUCUUGUAGUACAGAAGCACCAGUGUGGAUGAAUGGCAGUCUUCCAACCACAGACGCAAUUGUCAACAGAACGGCCUGUGCCAAUCUCGGCUUCGGGACAGACUGCUGUACAUUUUCGUGGGACAUCAGAGUUAAACGGUGCUCGGAUGCACACGGACUGUUCUAUGUGUAUGAGCUGGAACCGACGCCUUCAUGUCCGAUGGCUUAUUGCGCCGGUGAUUUACCUCUGUGUCCCGAGGGAGAAGUAUAUGAUACAUUUCACCAGCAUUGCAUUGAAACAAGACCACCGGUGCCCUGUGACUUUCAAGACAAAGGAACCUGUGAGUGGAUCCAGGAAACCGAUGAUGAUUUGAACUGGGCAAAAGGAUAUGGUGCAAACGCAGAAUCCACCGUGCUACCCUCGGUUGAUCAUACCUCUGGAUCUGAUAAUGGGUUUUACCUUUUUCUGCAAGCUUCUGCAUCGCAUCAGCCGUUUGACACAGCAAGAAUCAUCGGAUCUGUUAUAGUCCCAUCGAAGACCGAGACCUGCAAUGUAAUAAUUGAAGGUAUUAUCGGGUACGGCCGUCGAUCUGCGACCGCUAUUGAUGACAUUUCAUUUUCUUCAGGAUGCACCGUCGAUGUUGAUGGUAACGUCAGGCUCGUCGAUGGAGAAUCAUUCGGUGAGGGAAGAAUAGAAGUCUAUUUUAACCAUGAAUGGGGCUCCAUCUGCAACAGCGGGUGGACAAAGGACAACUCCGACGUUAUCUGUGAUCAGCUAGGCUACGGGGAGUCCCAGUGGUUUAACAGUAAAUAUCCUGCAAGUCAAGGAGUUCCCAUUCACCUUGACGAGGUCCGCUGUGACCCUGAAACACAUUCAAAAAUCACAGAAUGUAGCCAUAGUCGCUGGGGCCAUCACCAACCGCGCUGUUCUCAUGCUACUGAUGUCUCCGUGCGUUGUUUAGGGUUCUGGCACGAAUGCUUGGAGAUCGAGUUUCCCUGCCACAAUGGUGUCUGCGUGCCGUUAGAGACCUACUGCGACUUUAACAACGACUGUGGGGACACGUCUGACGAAAACAGCUGCAACCACUAUCCUGCCAGAUGUAGUUUUCAAAAUGGCCUCUGCAACUGGAUACAGCCCAAGUCAGACGACACUGAUUGGUUGCGAAUCCGUGGUUCGUCCGGGGUUUCAGAUCAAGCACCUCCCACUGAUCAUCAGGCACGGUUGGACGGGUACUACAUGUACAUUGCUGGCCAUUUGGUAAACGAAGGGACUAAAAACGCCGAGCUGUUGCUGCCACAAUACUUCUCGUCAAACGGAUCUGAAUGCAAGGUUCUGUUCCACUACUACAUGACGGCCAAUGUAGGGGAACUGCAUCUUUCUAUCAAAACAAAAGACAGCAUCCGCAGACUCUGGCAACAAAAUACUUCACAAGGAAACAAGUGGAAUAAAGAUCAGGUUACAAUUUCAAGCACAGAACCGUUCCAGGUUUACUUUGAGGGGAUCGUGAGGGCUGCAGACACAGGAUCCAUCGCCAUUGACGAUGUGACUUUGACCCCGGGCUGUCUAAUAGAAAUCACUGAUUGUAAGCUCAUAGAGCAGUCUUUCCAGUGUGAGAGUGGGGAGUGCAUUUCCAAUGACCUGGCAUGCAACUACGAAGAUAACUGUGUCGACUCUUCUGAUGAGGGUAACCCCUGUGACAAAGAAAUCGGAAGAUGUGACUUCCAGGAGGACUUCUGUUCCUGGUCUCAAGAUCCGGACGAUGACUUUGACUUUGUCAGAGGUGCAGAAACAACAGACACCGAAAACACCGGACCAGUAACGGACCACACACACAAGAGUCCAUUCGGCUAUUAUUCAUACAUCGAAGCCAGCAGAAAGCAGAGUGGCCAAACUGCCCGUCUUAUUAGUCCUGCAUACUCAAACGUUACUGAUUGUCAGUUUCGCUUCUUUUACCACAUGAGCGGUCAUCACAUCGGGAAGCUACGAGUCCUUCUUUUGAACCAAGAAAACGGCAGAACCAAGGAGCUGUGGAGUCUUCAAGGAGAUCAAGGGAGAAGUUGGUCUUAUGGAUCUGUCAGCAUUAACAGGGAAUGGGGCGUUUACUCGGUGAUUCUUGAAGCAGAGGUUGGAAAUGGGGACCAAGGCGACAUUGCAAUCGAUGACAUUUCCUUUGCUACCUACUGCACGCCUUUCCGAAAAGACACAUCUAACGGAAACAUCCUGUCAACGGGCGCAAGCAUUGGCAUCGGGCUUGGCUGUUGUGUUGCUCUUGUAGUAACUGUUGCAACUGUUUGGCUAAUCUACCAACGUAGGAGACGUAGCAAAAAUAGAGCUUCGUCCUGUGUCAACAACCAAAUGAGUGCUUCUGAGCAUGCCCAUGUUUACGAAACUACAGAACAUGCUUCUUCAAGAGCACGUGAAGUCCAAGAUACGCCGGCCUAUACUUUGGGAGACUUGCCUACAACACAAGCACAAGUGCCGCCCUUGCAGGCAAGAUUUCCCCCUAACCUGUCAGAUAAAGACGACGCUAUCAUCAACUCAGACGGAUACGCACGUCUUUUAAAGAACGCUUUACCUGUCCAUGUUGCUUCAAAGGGGGCACAAGAGGUGGAAAGCAAAGGUCGACUGAACGUUGACCCAGCGCUCUACAAGUUCGUUGAACGGCACGGGUUCAUGGAGUUUCUCCACAUCUUCGCCGAGAACAACAUCACAUUGGGCUACCUGGUGGCUGCCACAGUGACAGAUUUGUUGAAUUUUGGAUUCCCCUUGCCGGUUGCUUCGUCUAUUUUAAAGCACAGUCGUGAGGAGUUUGGUAUUCCUGAGGGUCACUACACUGCCCCUGGGCGUGGAUCUAGGCCAAGUUCUAGCUCCAGCUCACGACCUGCAACCCCCAUGACUAAUGUUGCCAUUUGAUUUGAUUAAGACCGACAUUUUUGGGUGUGUCACUUUAUAGUAUAUCAUGGCUUCGUGCUUUUGUGUGUCGAAACCACUUAGCAAUUUCCGUUAAGCUUUUUAUGCUAAUCUUAUGCCAACAACACCAACGUCAAAACUUCGCCACUAUAUGUUCAAGCUAUUCGCCAUCUUGGAUUGACAAUCUUGAAUUUUUUAACGUACGGAUUUAACAUAUAUAGGGAAUGGGUUAAAACGUCACUUUUUUGCCAAUUUUUUAGGCUGCAAAAGUUGAAAGUGUACUACAUUGAAUGUAUUUUU